CAAGGGAUACAAUCGCCAAGAUCAAACAAGUCUCGAUUGUCUUAUUUCUCCGAGUCAUUUUGUGUUUUGUGUGCAUUCAGUCACGAUAAUGGCCCUCGCUGAAGUUUGUGGGCUCAACAACUUCGUUGACUUCAAUACAUUUAAUGAAAAUGAUCAUCUGCAGGCUGAUAUAGAGAGUUACAGUCGGAAUUUUGGGAAUAACUUGUCUCUCGCAGUUCCUCCGUACGCAAAUCCAGCUGAGGGUCUUGCACAACUGGCUAGCACCCCAGACGAUAAUGGAAAGCACUUGAAAAUCAAGUUUGAUCAUGGAACUACUACUCUUGGAUUCCGGUAUCAGGGGGGUGUCAUUCUGGCUGUUGAUUCGAGAGCAACUGGGGGUCAAUUCAUUGGGUCUCAGAGUAUGAAAAAAAUUGUUGAAAUCAAUGAUUACUUACUUGGUACCUUGGCUGGUGGUGCUGCUGACUGCGUUUACUGGGAUCGUGUUCUUGCCAAACAAUGUCGCAUGUACGAGUUAAGGAACAGAGAACGUAUAUCUGUCGCUGCUGCCAGCAAACUCAUGUCCAAUAUGGUUUAUAAUUACAAGGGGAUGGGAUUGUCAAUGGGUAUGAUGAUUGCUGGUUGGGACAAACGAGGCCCUGGCCUUUACUAUGUCGACUCUGAGGGUACACGAACACCUGGGAAGGUCUUCAGCGUUGGAUCAGGAUCAGUAUUUGCAUUUGGAGUGUUGGAUUCUGGAUAUGACUGGAAUCUCACUGAUGAAGCGGCUUAUGAUGUUGCCAGGCGAGCUAUUUAUCAUGCUACUCACAGAGAUGCUUAUUCUGGUGGCAUUAUCAGAGUAUACCACAUGAAAGAAACAGGCUGGGUUCACAUUUCUGAUGAGGACUGCAAGGAUCUGCACUACAUGUACCAGGAGGAAAAGAAAAAUGCCCAGUAAUGAAUUACAAUUGAAUCAUUGUUUAAAAAAUUUUUUUAUUUCUCACUUGUCAUGUACUUCGGUAAAUAAAAUACUGUGAAAACAUUCAA